AUGUCCGACCUCAUCGACCUGAUGUCCAUGUACAAGGUCCAGCUCAAGGACACCAUCCAGCCGCUCGCCGACCGCAUUCAGUCGCUCGAGGUCGCCUCCGCCUCCUCCUCCUCCAAGCCCCACGAUGAGGACGAACGUCGACGCGCCGCCGAACUCGAGAUGGCAGAGGAACGUCGAAGGUACGACGAGCGGAUGCGCGCUAUCAAGUCGAAGCACCGUCUCGCUGAGGAGAGCAUCGACGUCACCGGAGCCCCGGCCGCCACGGCCACGUCGACGAUCCCCUCUCUCCAGCCGACCUCACUCGACUUCGCACACGAUACGUCCCAGCUCCUUCGUCAGACCAUCCGUCCAGGCUCAGAGCAGCCGGUCGCCUUCACUCGCGAUCCCCCUCCCCAUCUCCGCCCGGUCAGCCGUCGCACUCCGGCUCCGCGCUACACUAGCCGUCAACCGGGCGUCCCGCACGACUCAGCCGCGGCAGCCGGCUACCCGACAUACGACGACGACGGCAGCGAGGACGAAGGACUGGACGUACCGCCCACCCUUCAGCCGACCACGCGGGGCGCAACCGCUACGCGCAUACAGCCGACGUUCGCUCCCGCCCCGGCAACGAGCCUCGACGCCUCCGCGAGCGCGAGCGCACCGCGUCGUUUCAACCUCAAGGCGGAACAGAUCGGCACGUUUGAUGGCUCGAACGCCGACUACUUCACAAGUCGCAUCGACAGCCUCCUCGCGCACCACUCGCUCGACGCCGCCUUCGAGUUGUCGGUCCUCGAAAUGCUCCCCCUGUGCUUCAAAGGAUCGGCCGCCAAGUGGUUCCAAUACAUGCCGUCGUCACAACGCGCGAGUCUCGGUCAGGGCUGGACUCAGUGGCGAGCGGCCAUCAACAGGACCUUCAAGGAGGACUACACCACAGCCAGGAACAAGGCCAAGGAGCGCACCUGGGACUGGCCCAACGAGGACGCGGCGACGUUCUACUUCGACAAGACCGCACUUCUCUACGCCGCCAAUCCGGACUGGCGCGAUCGCGAGAUCGUCUUGGAGCUCAUGGACUGUCUCCCCGCCUCACUCCAGUGCCUCCUACGCCUCAAAAUCGGUCCAAUCUCGACGCCCGAGGACUUCCUGAAUGAGCUGAGAGCCCAAGAGACCCCGUGGAAGGAGUCGGAGAUCGAGCGCACCGCCUCGUCAGUCCCAACCAGACGACGCCAGCAAGCCUCCCCGCCCACGCCAUCGACUUCGUCGCUCUCGUCAUUCAGCACCUUCUCGACACCCUCCAAGAAACCGCCGUCCCCGGCGGCCUCCCUCAGCGACGCGAGCCCGACCUCUGCGGCCGCCGCCAAGCAGUCCGUGACGAGCGACUACCGCCCGGAGAACGCGUACUACAAGACGGUCAACGGCCAGCGCGUGCGCCAUUACAAGCUGCCGGCCAGCGGCCGCGAGAUCGCGCUCAAGUGGGCCUGCCGGACGUGCGGAGGCGAUCACUUUGACUUCGAACACUGGCACGUCACGAAACCCACACAGGCCCAACGCGCAGCGGCCGAGGUCAAAGCAAUGCAGGCGUACGGCUUCGCCAUGCUCGAGGUCGAAGAGCCGGAAGCCCUCACGACCGGAGAGGUCGACGAGGAGAGCACGCCAGAGAUGGAGGGGGGCGAGCAGACCGCGACGUCUCAAAACUACUAG